AUGUUGUCCAAAACGUCGCUUCUGUCGCUCCUCUCACUUGCAGCUGGGGUCGUCAAUGCAGACUUUGGCAUAACGACCAACGAUGAUUCCUAUGUCAUAAACGCCAAUUCUCCCAACUCGUUGGUGUUUACAGUUGAUCGCGGAAGUUGCGAUAUCACUUCUAUCGUGCAUUAUGGCACAGAGCUGCAGUAUUCCGGCAAGGGUAGCCAUAUCGGCUCCGGUCUUGGAACUGCGACAGUUUCUGCUACCAAGAGCGGAGCAGGCGACUACAUCAAGGUGACCUGCGAAACGGAUACAUUGACCCAGUAUAUGGUUGUCCAUGAUGGGGAUCCUAUCAUUCAUAUGGCAACCUACAUUACCGAGGAGCCAUCUAUCGGUGAAUUGCGGUUUAUUGCUCGACUCAACUCAGAUGUACUCCCCAACGAGGAGCCAUUCGGCGAUGUGUCCAACACCGCCGAUGGGGAGGCGAUUGAAGGAUCUGACGUGUUCCUCGUCGAUGGCGAGACUCGCAGCAAGUUCUACUCCAGCCAGCGUUUCAUUGACGAUCAGAGACACUGCAUUGCGGGCGAUGAGCACCGCGUCUGUAUGAUCCUCAAUCAAUACGAGACCUCUUCCGGUGGCCCUUUCCACAGGGACAUCAACUCCAACAACGGAGGUGACUACAACGCCCUCUACUGGUAUAUGAACUCGGGCCACGUGCAACUCGAGUCCUACCGCAUGGGUCUUCACGGACCGUACUCGAUGUACUUCAGCCGCAGCGGCACUCCCAGCACCGACAUUGACACGUCCUUCUUCGCGGACCUCGACAUCGAGGGCUACGUAGCCGAAUCAGGCAGGGGAACCGUAUCCGGAACCGCGUCAGGCGCUGACUCGAGCUUCGACUGGGUCGUUCACUGGUACAACGAUGACGCCCAAUACUGGACAUACACAUCCUCCUCCGGCAGCUUCACCUCCCCCGCCAUGAAACCAGGAACAUACACCAUGGUAUAUUAUCAAGGCGAGUACGUCGUGGCCACAAGCGAAGUGACCGUCAGCGCCGGCUCGAGCACAAGCAAGGACAUUUCCGGCUCCGUCGAAACAGGAACGACCAUUUUCAAGAUUGGCGAUUGGGACGGACAACCAACCGGCUUCCGCAACGCAGAAAACCAACUCCGCAUGCACCCCUCCGACUCCCGAAUGUCCGACUGGGGCCCUCUAACCUAUACCGUUGGCAGCUCCUCCCUGACUGAUUUCCCCAUGGCCAUUUUCAAGAGCGUCAACAGUCCAGUAACCAUCAAGUUCACUGCAACAUCUGACCAGACUGGUGCAGCGACGCUGCGUAUCGGAACUACGCUGUCGUUCGCGGGUGGACGGCCUCAAGCUACGAUCAACGACUACGAAGGAUCCGCGCCGUCCGCACCUACGAAUCUGGACUCUCGUGGCGUGACUCGUGGUGCGUAUAGAGGGUAUGGGGAUGUUUACGAUGUUUCGGUUCCUGAGGGGACGAUUGUGGAGGGGGAGAAUACGAUCACGAUUAGUGUUAUUUCGGGGAGUUCUGGGGAUGACUUCUUGAGCCCGAAUUUUCUUGAUGCAGUGUUCAUAAUAGCCCUAGUUGACAAUUGA